AUGUCGAAGGCAGGCGGUAAAGCAGCCGCUGCCACUAUUGUAAAAUUGAUGGUACCGGCAGGUAAAGCGUCGGCCCAACCGCCUGUAGGCCCAGCUCUUGGUGCCAAGGGUGUCAAGGCCAUGGACUUUUCUAAAGAGUUCAACGCACGAACAGCGGAUUUGGAGCCUGGCAUUCUUACACCGACAGUCGUUACUAUCCAGCCCGAUCGAACGUUUACGUUCAAGACAUUGACACCGCCAACGUCCCUCCUACUUAAGCGCGCUGCUAAUAUUACGACAGGGGCACGAAAGCCCGGUGCUGAAGUCACAGGCACUAUUAGCAUCAAGCAUGUAUACGAGAUUGCGAAAAUCAAGCUGAAAGAUGUGGAUAUCAGCGAAAAAGAGAUGUGCAAAGUGGUGGCUGGUAGUGCUCGCAGUCUCGGCAUAAAAAUCGUCCGGUAA